AUGGCGUACCGCCGACUGGAACAAGACGUUGACCUCUUUCGAUUCUACGGUAAAAUCAUCCAAAAACGCUUACGACUUAGAGGAAUAAAUGUGAGUCAAGAAGAAGCGGAAGCAAGAAUGCUGGGACGUAGAAAAAACGGCGAACCACUCGUACACAAUCUGUCCGGAAUAAAACCCGACGACAGAGACAAGGCUAUCAAUUUCAACUACAACGAUGACAGGGACGGUGCUCAAUGCCCAUUGGCUAGUCACAUCAGAAAAGUAAACCCAAGAGGUAGUUCUGUUGCUGGACCUAAUGAUUAUAAGAAGAAUAUAGUUCGUCGUACCAUACUGUACGGUAAUAAGCUGAAACGAGAACCUGUCGGUCUUCUGUUUCUGUGUUACCAGUCAGCACUUGACCAGGGAUUUCUCGUGCAGCAGUUUGGGUCAAACAGUGAAACAUUUGGAGAGUCACCUCCUCCUAGAGUUGGACUGGAUAUGGUGAUAGGACAAAGAGUCUUUAUUCGACACUUGUUGUCAGCAACUAACAGAUGA